AGAAAAAAAAGUCAACAGCUUUGCUUUUUUUGUUUUGUUAUGUUUUUAAUUGUCGUGAGUGGUUACGAUUUCUUCAAUUUCGUAAACUUCUAGGGGAGAAACAAGGGAGAUAGAGAAGUGAGAGAGGGGGAAACCCUAGAUUCGAUCUCCAUUCGAUUUGAUUCGUUUCUCGAAUCGAAGCGAUGGUUUUCUACUUCAAGGCCCGUCCUGAUGCUGGCGACUACACCAUCUUCAUGGGGCUUGAUAAGUUCGAGAACGAGGAGCUCAUCAAGUACGGCUUCCCUGAAGAUGUCUGGUUUCACGUGGAUAAAAUGUCGUCAGCUCAUGUUUACUUGAGGCUUCAUAGAGGCCAAAGUUUUGAUGACAUUAGUGAAGGUGUGCUGGAGGACUGUGCUCAGCUUGUGAAAGCUAACUCCAUUCAAGGCAACAAGGUGAACAACGUUGAUGUUGUGUACACUCCGUGGUCCAACUUGAAGAAAACUGCCUCCAUGGAUGUUGGUCAAGUUGGUUUCCACAAUUCAAAGAUGGUCCGGACUAUCAGAGUGGAGAAGCGAGUCAAUGAAAUAGUUAACAGACUGAACAAAACAAAAGUUGAAAGAACCCCUGAUCUGAGAGCCGAGAGAGAAGCAGUGAAUGCCGCAGAAAGGGCAGAGAGGAAACAACAUCUGAGGGAGAAGAAGAAACGUGAAGAGAUAGAUAGGCUUGAGAAGGAGAGGCAAUCAGAGAUGAGGAGUUACAAGGGACUAAUGGUAACUGAUAAAAUGACAUCCAACAAAGACAUUGCUUCAAGCAACAAAUCGCUUCAAGAACUUGAAGACGAUUUCAUGUAAAAGCUCUGAAGAAAUGAGAAACAAAACAAACCAAGUCGGUAACAUUCUGCCAGAGAUGAUCUGGUACCGUCCUUCAAAGAAGGCUUAUGAUGUUCUACUCGCCUUAACUAUGAUGUUGAUGGUUGUCCGGUUCUAUGUUUUCUUUAAAAAAAUCUUGAAUACCUAAAACCCUAAUCUGGUUCUUGGACUCCUUGGUCCAUUGAAAUGUUUCAAAAGGAUUGAAUCUGAUCUGUGGGAAAAAGGAGAGCAUUAUAUUCUAUAUAUGACACAGGUGAACCAGUGAUCUGGUGCAAUUAUGGUUUACUCUGCAUUGCUGUGUAACCUGAAAUUUGUUUACUACCCCAUAAAGCUUCAUGUGUUACUCUGCAUUGGGUUGGGUUUUGGAAUCACUUUAUUCUUGACCAUAGUUGCUAUUGUUAAAACUUGCGGGUUGAAUUUAAACAGUCCUGUCUCGUGAUUGCAGUGGGUCUAUCGGGUUAUUACUGUAAGUUAGCGGGGCUAGUCACUAGUGCUUAGACUACUUUUUUUUAGCGACCAUAGUUGGCUUGUUGAUGAUAUAUGAUUUGAAAUAAUUAUGGUGGCCCCUAAAGUGAUUUGAAUCAAUAAUCCAACUGUUGGUGUACUUGGAAAUCUAAGGGUAUUAAAUAAAUCUGAGUGAAAAUUUGAAAAAAAGGGAAAAAGAAGGGAAAAUAAAGGAUAAGAAACUAAAUAAUUAUGUCCGUUAAAUACUAAAAAAAGAUAGGAGACACGUGACCGAAAAUAUUUAAAAUGGACGGCUGAGAUUAAGACUGA